AUGGACUUUCCCGGAGGAUCCAUCACAAACAUUCGCGCCAUUGAUGGAUUCUCAACUAUCUAUUAUCGAAUAUAUACGGAUGAACAGAGCAUUCCCAGUGUGCCAGGUGAUGCGUCCUCCAAUGCCCAGGCGAUCCUAAGACACCUCAGUCGCCUCAAGGAUCUCGAACUCCGCCUACGGAACCUCGACUGCUUGGUCUCUAGUAUUCCUCGACGCCUAGGUCUGUGGGUCUUCUCCGCGACGCCAGAUUUCGAAAACUUGACCCCCCUCUACUUGAACAAUGGCAAAGACGAGCAGAACCGGAUCGCCGUGGGGUCGUCAACACUGAAAGUCUCUGCGAGUGGAAGUGUUCCGGCCGCGGAUCUUGUCCGGACGUUGUCCUCCGAGUCACCAAACACAAGUGGGAAUCAAUCUGGGUCGCAGCGACCACCGAAUGCCUCAACGCCAACGAGGCGGACCGAUAACUAUAGUAGCGUGGCGCUGAUAUAUGCCCUCUUCAUUUCCGCCGUCACAGGGGCCCUGAACUCGCAGCUGAUUCGGCGUAACAAUGCCAUCCCGCUCGGACCGCGGACCCUGUACAGUGUCGUUGAGAAAGAUUCCAACAACAGCCCUGGAGUAGUCAUUAGCGAUGCCUCUAUGGUCCCGUGUUUGGCUACUCUUCAGGUUCAGCUUACUGUCAUCGGAAAGCUCACGGUAUCCUUGCAAACGAUAUCGCAACCAGGGCUUAUGCGAUUGCGUCAGCCGGGUGACAACCUCGCCGACGUUGCCGCACUACCACCCUGGACAGAUCUCUGGCUAUGUCCCAGCGGGACCAUUGCACGACUAAUAUCAACGAGCCCUAAUACAACGAAUUUAUCAUCACCGUAUCCUGGCGCGCCACCCAUGAAAAACGACAUCGUGACGACGGACCCAACCCAAUGGAAAGCAAACGUUUUGGACUGGUUGAAGAAUUUUGGAUUGACGGUAGAGCCCGAAGAUGACUUUUCGUGGGUGAUGGUUGAAGUCUGGGAACCAUUUUACUCCAGACUAGCGGGUGAAACAUGGCGACCGAGCGACAGUUCAUCAACUAUCCCCCUAAAGCGCAUUCUUUGGCCAGAUAUUUACUGUUUCCGGCGAAAGAAAUCCACAAUUUCCGACGACAUCAAAUGGAUGAGACAGGAUGUCUCUGACCCUUUGGACUUUGUACAGACUUGGCAUGGAAAACAACUUCCGAAGCCGGAGGUGGGCAGCCCAGGUACACCAUCCAACCAACAAGCAACAUCCAAUCCGCCAGGGAAUCAUGACGCGUCGUCGCUAUCCGAAGAUGUUCUGGAAGGCUUGGAGAGCCUCUCUCGAGCCUCCCAGUAUCCGGAGCUGCAAAGUGCGAGCCUCGUCUACCCUACGCCACCAGACGGGGCUGCCGGACUGGGAUUGAAUGCCACAGCUACAUCGGAUACUUUUGCGGAUGACUCGGAUUUUGGGUCAGGGGUUCUUCAACGUAACGGCAAAGCCAAAUUCCUCGAAGAUACGGGCGCGGUUCCAAUGGAGUUUGGUCCAUCGGCGGGCCUGACAGUCGGGUCGGGCCUGUAUGACACUAACGAGGAUAAUGACUUGUUUGGUGAUAUGAAUGAAAGGGAUUUUGGUACCAAAGGGAUUACAGAUGCCGACUUCAGCUUUUUCGACGACCCUGGUUUCGACCACCUAGGCGGAGAUGUACCCGAUAGCGCCCAGGCUUUGUCCGAUAUGAUGGAACUGACUGAACCGAAUACUCAGCCUACCAUUGUUGAAGCCCCUCCAGAGGCUCCUGUUACGGAAGGACCACCAGUGCCGGAACCUGACAUACCCCAUGUCGAUCACACGGACAACCCCACAGGCUCACAUCAUGGGGGCUCACCUGUUCAUGACAGCCCCAUCAGACAACAAAGUCCUACCGAAAAAAACCAGACGAUAAGCCCACCACUGAGUCCCGUCGAGAUUAAGCGGAUUCUUUUCCCCGGUACGAAUGGAAAUGUCCAGCCGUCGACUAGGAAAGGCAGGAGCCAGAGUUAUUACAAUCCUAUCGCAUUCAAGGAGGAUAUAUCUACCUGGGACCAGAAAUAUGGGGCUUCUGGCAAGUUUGGAUUUACCAUUCAAGAACCCAGGGCUUUGAGGUAUCCCUCUACAUCCAAUGGCGACAUCCCAACCGUUGGCCUUCCUGGUCGAAGCAGAAAGGUUCCAAUGGUCGAUGGCGUUGUGUUGGACGUCCACGAUUCAAGCGACGCAGGCCAACAGAACGACCUAGUUUCGGAUUCAGGUAGCGAUUCGAGUGACGACGGUGACAAUUUUCUCUCUGAAGGUGACGCCCCAGAGACUGUCGUCUCGAGCCUCAAAAGGAAGCGAGCCCGUUCUAACUCUGGAAACUCCUUGGCGCUAUCACAAGCCAAGUCGACGAAUGAAGGCGACAAAGGGACACCCGCUCCCAAAGUCGACCAUUCGAUUUUCCUGGGGAACUUCUUAUCCACCUCGUCCGACUGGUCAAUGGCAGGCUAUUUCUCAUUUCAAGAGAACCAGAUUUUCCCCGUCCUGGCUCGCAAGGAUUUUCAGGUUCAAAUAGCUCAGCUACUGGUUGACCAAGUCACGCAGUCAUCUUUGGAUCAUAAACUUGAUGGUACCUGCAGCAUUUCUGAUCUAGAAUCUGAGACGUAUUCUAUCCAAACCUUCCUCGACGACAAUUCUUUCAUGAGUGGCAUAGAGAGGCUGGAUUUGAACGGGUUUGUGUCGCUGCUGGACAGUGACAGUGUUGCAUCUCCUGCGCCUAAUGGUGUUUCCUCUCGCCAACCUUCUCAGCGCAAAGAUGCGUUGAAAGGAUCUCUCACCAAGUUACCUCCGCCCCACUUGCGCGUCCGACGAGGCAAGGAAUAUCUGGAAGCAUUGCCGCCAACGGUCCUUUUCUGGGAGACAUUUGGUUUGGAGCCCGCUCAUGGACCGAAGGAUGUAUCUGCUUACUGCAUCCAUCCUCGUAUUGCUUCCAAUUCUGCCGAUGCUUUUCUUGACCGUCUUGGCUCCGUAUAUUCGAGUUGUAAUCUUGGGAAACAUACUCGCGGGGACCGCUGCGAUGCAUUCGACCGCGGGUUGGGCGUAUGGGAUAUUUCAUCUGAUGAGGUUGCAGACUACUCCAGUGCGAUGCAGAGCUUGAAGAGCCUUUGUGCGAAUUUGGGAUCUGCUCUCUUGAAGAGUCCACCAAGCAAGGACAACUUGGUCAUUUACAUAGUCAAUCCCUUCGCACAUGCAGCUGCUCUGGUAGACAUUUGUUCCGCAUUUUGGAGUCUCUUUCAGACAUAUAUCGCCGCCGCGGACAAACAACACACUCUGCAGCUGGACGAGCUAGUUUUGCAAAUUGUCCCCGUUGAUUUCAUCAUGUCAACAGACUCGUUUGUGGUGCCUCCGCAAACACAAUAUCUGAACCUGGCCUUGGAGGUAUACAGCCGGUGUCCGCCUAAAGAUCAGCAGACGAGUCUUGUCAAUUGCGCCCCGCCAGUGCUAAUUACAGAGCCCCUUCCCAAGUCCAUCAACUUUAGGCUUGCCUCCGAAAAGACUUCACCAUUGCAGGAAGGGAAGUGUCUUCACGUCGCGUCAUCCCGGAGUCAAGAUCAACGCUGGAUCAGUGUUGCAUGGUCUGAUAAUACCGGAAGUCUUCAACGGACGAUGUCGUACAACAUCCGUUUCCGCAAUGCAACCGCAUCUCGGACCCUACAGGACGUCCGUGGAGAGAUUUGGGGUGCUACGAAAGAUAUCAUGGAGAGAAUACAGGCAAGAUGGAGGAUCGUCUUAGUGAAUUCUGAUCCUGUAGACCAGGAUGAAGUGGACUCGUGGACGAAAUUUGUAGAACAGUACAACAAGGCCAACGCGACGCCUGUUGAACUGACGAUGCUCAAUGUUAGCGCUACCCCCGACCUUUACCUUGACCCUCCACCUUUACCGAUCCCAAUGAGUGUGUUCAACCCACAAACGUCAUCCACGCCGAUUGCUACUCCAAAUCCAAGUGUUCUCUCCCCGGACCAAACAGGCAACGCAUCCACCCCACCCAGUGGGGGUUAUAGCAUGGCGAAUGCGCCAACGCCAACAGACAGUGCUCUUGAAGCAGAAUCCGAGUCGCUACUUACCGAUGUCACCGACGAAACAUGGGCAGUAACACUGUCCCAUCGGUUGAACAGCUCCCCUCAUCUGAUGGAUUACCGUCCUGCGUUGGCAAGCGGGUAUUUACUUCGUCGCAAGGGUGCUACCGACGGCGACGGGGUGUACACCCUGACUCUGAAUCUGAUCUACACGCAACGGCACUCCUCUUCAUACGAAACAGUUCUCCGCGAAAUUCUACAAAUGUAUCGUGACCUGGCGACGCUUGCGCGAGCCCGCGGAACGCGUACGGUUCAGCGGAGCGCGAUGCCCUGGCAUAUUGCCACGGCCGUCAGAGCUCAAGAAGCUCUGAGCUAUGUUAUGUAA